AUGGAUCAAAGCGAGCCACAACACCAUUUUUUCGCAUCCUUUUCGGAUGGCACCAUUGACCCCAGAGUAUUAACACUCCAAACCGUCUCGGAGGACCUCAAUUUUGAGGAAGAACAAGAUACAAGUGCGUGCUCAUCUAGUGGGUUGGAGGAUAUUGCUUUCGACGAAUGUGAUCCAGGAAGCAUUAGUGAAUGGGACCUCGAAUACCCGUCCUCGCUCGCUGAAUCUCCCAACCUACAAAAUCAUGAGAUACUAGAUCCGAGCAGCAUCUUUAUGCACCAAGAAACGGGUAUGUUUCUCAGUGAUUACUCAAAUUUCUUCACUUGCAACGAUGUUCUCCCUUUGUCCCACGCAGGAUACCCUUCUUCAAUGGCUUCAAUGCCUGUCCCGGUUUUCUAUGAUCAGGCUUCACAGGCAACACAGAUGACUACUCCGCCUGGGCGCCCAUUGCUGCCAAAACCAAUUGGUGUACCCAGCCCAGAAACACCCUCGCAAUGGGGUGAGAAGGAGGGUGCAAAGGAACCAAAGAGACGUAAAAGAAAGGACCCUAAAGACCUCAAGAAAAAUCAACGAAAGGAGUCCAAGCCGGAGAGAUGCCCUAUGCGUAUGUGCUCUGAGCGCUUUCCAUACAAGAGGGAACUAGACCGCCAUAUGGUAUCUAAUCACCGGUCGGAGGCUGCAAGAAGGGGCCUGGAUGUUUCCAAAUGUAAAUGCCCGUAUUGUGGGAAGGAGUUUGAUAAUAUUCGUUAUGAUCGUUUAGUUAAGCACAUGAAAUUGAAGCACCCUAAUCAUUCUCAGCCUGUGAACAUGCCACCGGGGUUCCGGAUUCUCGAAUUUACGGUUUCCCUCGAUUUCAAGAGCCCCGUUUCCAUGAUCUGGGAAUAA